UAGAGGCGCCUGGCCAUUUGGUCAUUGUUGAAAAAUGUUUCAGCAAGUUUCUGUGAAACGUUGGUGCUCUGUUAUUUGUAUUCUGACUUCCGUCGGGUGUAUUGUGAGGUUUCACCUGGCCUAUUGGUGAUUCUAUUUUUGAGAUUCGAUUUUCUUAGUUGUUUAUGCAAGUGGUGAAUUAUUUUAGUCGCAUUUAAUUCAAAUGAUAGUACUUUUUUAACGAGUGUUCUGCUAGAUUGUGUUAUCUUUAUUGGCAAUUUUUCUCUGGAAGCUGAGAAAUUCAGUCCUUCGAACGAGAUAUUGGCCAAGCAUACAGUAAUCGCAAUGUUCGAGCAUAGAACGAUUCCAGGACUAGCCGAAGAUAGACGUUUGGUGUUCUACAAAUCUGUGCCAACGUUACAAGAUUUUGCAUCCAGCACCGUAGCUUUGAGUAUAUGGUUCAAUUAUGUGGAGUGGAGUCGAACUAGAAACGUCAUUGUUGCGUUUAAUGACAAUUUGGCUGCGGCACUCGGUAUCGAUAGCAAUUACCCUGAAGAAAUAGCUCAAUUCGUAGAACGGUUGCAAACGCCUAAACGUAUCGAAGCAAUGAUCAAGGCUUCAGUGUACCAGGUGGGCCAGAAUAUGACCGAGUGUAUCAGCUAUUACGAUGAUGCAUUCGGAUUGCCGGUGACAUUAUACGGUAUCGAGUAUUUCGAUAUAAAUUGGUUCGUAUGGUAUCGAAAUGGACAAAUUGAUUAUAGAAAAACUGCCUCCAGAGUGUUGUUAUCCGAGGAAAGAGAAAUUUCGGACGAGGCGGAGGAGCCUGAGGAGAGAAAAUUCUUGAUAUUGUGUAAAUAUUGUAUGGAAGAAGAGAUACGAACCAUUCCGCUGACUGCGAGUCUCCUCGAAUCCCGAUCCUUCCGUUUUGCAAAUUUUGAGCAUAAUUUUUUGACAUAUUACUGGGUUUGCUUUUUGAAAAACGAAUUGCACCAAAUCCCUUUGGGUAACUUCACCUCGAUCAACGUCGUAAUGGCCAAAAGGUGUACGUACGAGGAAAGAUACGCUUUCCAGUAUUUUUGGAAUCGAUUAGGUGACGCAGAUCGCUUAUUAGUUAUCGGCGAUGGUUUCGAAUCGCGAUUUCAAUGUGGUGUUAUCUCAACCAUGUCUGUCGAGCAGCAAGGUCUAAUGUUUUAUCGAAUGCCGCCCGGUGAAUCAGUGGUGAAUUUCUUCAACCAUUUGGAUAUCUUGGGUGUGGCAUUUUCGACUUGGAUGCUGGUGAAAGACCGUAUUACGAUGGAACAAUUCUCUCGUUUAGUAGUCACGUUAUUCUCGCGUUGGAUCUAUGAAUUUGCUGGUCAAAGUUUGGGAAACGGCCUCUGA